UGAACGGUUUAUCUCCUGGGACUUAUGAGAUCACCGGAAAUUGUGUUGAAGGUCGUCGGAGUAUGUAGAACAACCAAUUUUCUCACUCAAUUGCAUUCUUUAACUAUCAGAACUUACGACACUCACUUGGCUGCAAAAAUAACCGAGUUAUAUUUCGAGUUGUUACCUCUUCAAACUGCGCGUAAGCUGUUUGAUGAAAUUCCUCACCCAAAUCUAUACACCUGCAAUCGCAUUCUGCAACGCUUUUGUGGAAAGAACCGAUAUGAGGAAGUAUCAUCUCUGUUUACGUCUAUGUUUUCAUUCGAAAAGGUUGAUCAUUUUACUCUACUCUUUGCAUUAAAGGCGUGUUCUGCAUUAAAAGCAACAAAUUUUGGCAAAACAAUUCAUGGGUUGGGGAAGAAAUAUGGUAUCAUUCAUUCAAACAUGUUUCUUGGAUCAGGCCUCAUUGACAUGUACUCGAAAUGUGGAAAUAUGGAUGAUGCUUUUCGCGCCUUUGAGGAAUAUACAAAACCGGAUAUUGUUUUAUGGACUACUCUGGUUACUGGAUAUGAGAAGAACUUUAAGCCUGAUGAAGCACUAGCUGUUUUUACUGGAAUGGCGAUGGCGCAUUGCAUUAGUUCAGACCCAAUAACUCUUGUUACUGUUGUCUCUGCUUGUACUCAGUUGUUGAAUUUGAAAGCUGGAAAAAGUGUUCAUGCACAUGUGUUUCGAAUGGGUUAUGAAGGUUCCCUCUCUUUAUCAAACGCUCUGCUGAACUUAUAUGCGAAAUCUGGGUCCAUGUUUUAUGCAGGAAAUUGGUUUAGGGUGAUGGAGGAGAAAGAUGUAAUCUCAUGGAGUUGUAUUAUCUCCUGUUGUGCUCAUAAUGAUGCUACUGAUAGAGCUAUAAGUCUAUUUGAUGAGAUGAUUUAUAAAGGAAUUGAACCCAACUCCGUAAGUGUAAUCAGUGCUUUGCAAGCAUGUGAAUCUUGUUGUAAUUUAAACAAAGGCAGGCAAAUACAUGAAUUAGCUUUUCAUAAAAGUCUUGAACUUGAUAAAUUGGUCUCCACUGCUUUGAUUGAUAUGUACAUGAGCUGUUGUUCACCUCAGGAAGCGAUUAUCGUAUUUGACAGGAUGCCCAACAAAGAUCCUGUUUCUUGGUUUGCUCUGUUAUGUGGUUGUGUUAAAAAUGGAAUGGUCAACAAAUCUAUGCAAAUAUUUUGUGACAUGAUGGCCAGCGAUAUCCAACCUGAUGCUACUGUGAUGGUUAAAAUUCUUGGAGCUUGUUCUGAGUUGGGGGUUCUUCAAUUGACUUCUUGUCUUCAUAGUUAUGUAAUUAGAGGUGGGUUCAUCAGCAAUUCGUUCAUCGGAGCUUCAGUUAUUGACUGUUAUGCAAAAUGUGGUAGCUUGGAUGAGGCUAUCAAGGUUUUUGAGAGAUCAACAGAUAAAGAUGUUGUUAUCUGGAGCUCCAUGUUUGCAGGCUACGGAAUUCAUGGGCAAGCUAGGGAAUCAAUUAAGUUAUUUCAUCGUAUGGUUACAGAUUCCACGGUGUGUCCUAACAAAGUUACCUUCCUUUCAAUAUUAGCAGCUUGUAGUCAUGCAGGUUUUGUUGAGGAAGGGAUUGAAUUCUUCAACAUAAUGUUAAAUGGGUACCAACUGAUGCCAGAAUCAAAGCAUUAUGCAAUCAUUGUUGAUCUACUUGCACGAAUCGGAGAAUUGGACAAGGCUAUGUGCCUCAUUAACCAAAUGCAGUCACGGGUUGGAGUACACGUAUGGGGGGCCUUGCUUGGUGCUUGCAGGAUUCAUCAGAAUGCAGAGAUUGGAGAAGUCGCUGCCAGGAAUCUUCUCCAGUUAGAUCCAGAUCAUGCUGGAUAUUACAUCCUGUUAUCAAAUGUGUAUGCUGUUGAUGGGAAGUGGGAUGAUGCAGCUGAACUUAGAGGUUCAAUUAAAGAGAGAGAAUUGAAAAAGAUAACUGGCCAAAGUGUUGUUAGACUUUAGGAAUGAGGCUCACGUCGUUUUACACAACGGUGGAUAUCACAGGGACGUAAGAGCAUAUCUAUGGUCCUAAUUCAAACAUUCUG